AUGAACACGGUCGUGUCGCGCGCCAAAGAUCGCACGCUUUGCACAUCCGUUCCUUGGACCUGGUUCCCAUUUCCCCUCUCGCUAACAUGCAGCAAUCAACACAGCCUCUGCGCUACGAGUGAUGAAAACUGCCCUGACGAAACGAUGAGACCACCGCUUUCCUCUCACGAACGUACAUGGUCUAUUCAAGUAGACGUACGUGACUGUUACAUACGCCUGUUGGGUCCACGUUUAUGA